CAAGGGGCGAGCGGCUAAGGGCGAACGGCGAACGGCGGCGACUGCGGUCGGGCAAAGCCAAGGGGGCACCGAGGGCAGCCGGGCUGUCGGCCGCGGGAUGAGGAAGCGGGCCGAGCCCGGCACCUUGGAGCAUGAGCGCUGCGCCGCCGCGGGCUCUUCCUCCUCCGGCUCGGCCGCUGCGGCGCUGGACGCCGACUGCCGCCUGAAGCGGAACCUGCGCCUGGCGGGCCCGGGGCCGGCGGAGCCGCGCAGCGCGCCCGACGCGGGCAUGAAGCGGGCGCUGGGCAGGCGGAAGGGGCUGUGGUUCCGACUGAGGAAGUUGCUUCUGUGUAUCUUGGGGCUAUACAUCGCCAUUCCCUUUCUCGUCAGACUGUGCCCUGGGAUACAGGCCAAACUGAUUUUCUUGAAUUUUGUAAGGGUUCCCUACUUCAUUGACUUGAAAAAACCACAGGAGCAAGGUUUGAAUCACACCUGCAAUUACUACCUCCAGCCAGAGGCAGAUGUGACUAUUGGAGUCUGGCACACUAUCCCUGCUGCCUGGUGGAAGAACGCCCAAGGGAAGGACCAGAUGUGGUACGAGGAUGCCUUGGCUUCCAGCCACCCGAUUAUUCUGUACCUGCACGGGAAUGCGGGAACCAGAGGUGGUGACCACCGAGUGGAGCUCUACAAGGUGCUGAGUACCCUUGGUUACCAUGUGGUCACCUUUGACUAUAGAGGUUGGGGUGACUCAGUAGGAACACCAUCAGAGCGGGGCAUGACCUACGAUGCACUCCAUGUUUUUGAUUGGAUCAAAGCAAGAAGUGGUGACAACCCCUUGUAUAUCUGGGGACAUUCCCUGGGCACUGGAGUGGCGACAAAUCUGGUGCGGCGGCUCUGUGAGCGAGAGACACCUCCAGAUGCCCUUAUAUUGGAAUCUCCGUUCACUAAUAUUCGUGAAGAAGCAAAGAGCCAUCCAUUUUCAGUGGUAUAUCGGUACUUUCCUGGGUUUGACUGGUUCUUCCUUGAUCCUAUCACAAGCAGUGGAAUUAAAUUUGCAAAUGAUGAGAAUGUGAAGCACAUCUCCUGCCCCUUGCUUAUCCUGCACGCGGAGGAUGACCCAGUUGUGCCCUUCCAGCUUGGCAGAAAGCUCUACAAUAUUGCUGCACCAUCGCGAAGCUUCCGUGACUUUAAAGUCCAGUUUGUCCCCUUUCACUCUGACCUGGGCUACAGGCACAAGUACAUCUAUAAGAGCCCUGAGCUGCCACGGAUCCUGAGGGAGUUCCUGGGGAAAUCGGAACCUGACCUCCAGCACUGAGCCGCCGCCUCCCCACCCGAGGAGCAUGAAGACCAGACUGCCACCUCCCCACCUUCCCCGGGCAGCAGCGGCUCGGGGACAAGGGACCCACGCUGGAGAGGGACCCACAGGGGUGUGGGCGGGGCCUUGAGCUGUCGCGGCAUGGGCUCAAGGGGACGAGGAUGCAGUGCUGCUGUCUUCCGCCCCGCGCGCAGGACGUACCUCGCUGCUCGGCCCUGUUGCUACCCGGCCCUGUUGCUACCCGGCGCUAGCCCUUGUGGGACCAGGUCUGCACUUCCCUGUCCCGCCUGCCUGUCCACCUAACCUGGCCAUAGACUGAGCAUUUAAGAAUAAAAUCGUGGUGGUCAUC